AAUGAGCGUGACAGAUUUAGCGUCUUAAAUUAUUAUAAACAAAAUUUAUCAAUAUUUUGCUAGUUUAGAAAAAUGUUUUAAUAUUGCGAUUUAUAAUAGAUAUAGCCAGAGUUUACAUUAGUUUAUAGUCCCUUAACUGUGGCUCGUACUAAAUUUUUUGGAUCAACGAAGAAUACUAGGCCAUUGUUGAUGAUCUACAACGAUGGAAUUUCUCAGUGGUGCUAGCCAGAAAGAUACAGUUCGUGCGGCGUGUAAAAAGUGCGGGUAUGCUGGUCAUCUUACCUAUCAGUGUCGAAAUUAUCUUAAGAUCGACACACAUCAUCAGACCAUAAUAGCCGAAGAAAAACGGUCCAGUAGUGAAUCCCCAGAUUUAAACUACUUGACACCGCUGCAAGAACUACGGCGACAGGAAGAACUCGAAGAACAGACGCGCGAAGCAAAACGAAGAGCAAAGGUGCAAAAAAAGGCUACUAGAAAAUUGAAGAUAAAAAAUAAACGAAAACAUUCUUCCAGUGAUACUGAUUCGGACUUGGCUCGCUCUCGUAGAGAGAAGCAUAAGAAAAAAAAGAAAAAAAAGAAAAGCAAAAAGAAAAAAUCCUACGGCAAAUAAUUUUUCACAUAAAUUUCAAUCGAUCAAUUAUAAGUUAUCGUUGUAUUACAGUAAUAAAUAU